GAUGUGAAACCGAUUGAAUUGUUCGUGAAGAGAGUUGUUUUCUUCUUCUUCCUCGGAUGAGAAAAUCAGAGUUUUGAUUAGGUUUUGGAACUUUUGAUCCAUCAAUCUCUGGAAACAUGCUCUCAGAUUCAGGAGAGAUGCCUGCUGAUGGCGAUAAACACUCUGCAGAGAACAGCAAGAAACGGAAGCUUAAGACUCCUAUGCAAGUCAUGGCCCUUGAGAAUUUCUACAAUGAGCAUAAGUACCCGAGCGAAGAAAUGAAGGCUAAGAUAGCAGAGGAAAUAGGCUUAACCGAGAAGCAAGUUUCAGGCUGGUUCUGCCACAGAAGGUUAAAGGACAAACGUUCUGUUAAAGAAGAUGGGAACAACAUAGGGAGCCAAGAUCGGUCAAGCGUUGUUCUUCAGGAUCGUGGCAGCGUGCUUCGACAGGAUUCAUGCGGUAGCACUAAGCAAACCGAUUAUUGGAACCCGAAGGCAAGGGAAGUCGAAAGUCAAAGGCUUUAUGAUGAUGAUGGUGAAGAUAGCACAUCUUCGGAACGUCGCUCGUCGUUGCAUAAGAAUCUUGUCUCUAGCAAAGAUGUGGAGAGUUCUAGAUACGUUGGACGUAGUGAGCAUCAUCCUCAGGCUAUGAGAAGCCAUGGGGCUAGUAAGCCUUCAGGGUACUUGAAAGUGAAGGGAGAUAGUGAGAAUGUUGCUAUUACUGCGGUAAAGAGACAAUUAGGAAGACAGUACCGAGAGGAUGGUCCUCCUUUGGGAGUUGAGUUUGAUCCUCUUCCUCCUGGUGCAUUUGAGCCUCAGACUAAUAAUGUUAUAGUUCAAGAGCCAAUCUAUGUUGGGAAUCAAAGACGGUCUCAGCCUCCAUACUUCACUGGAACUAGGAAGAGCUUUGUUCCUGGUCCUAGCUAUGAACCAGCUCGUAAACCGAAGAUGCUUUCGUCAGAUCCAUAUUCAUCAGAGGAGGAGGAGGAGGAUGAUGAUGAUGAUGAUGAUGAUGAUGAUGACAUGAUGGGUGGAAUGGAGCCUGGUCUAGGAGAUAAGCAGAGUCUUCGGGAGCCAAGUUUUAAAUCCCCUUCUCUCAGUUACUCUAACACUGUCCCUGACCGCAAAGGUCCACCUCAAGGAGUCCCUCUAACAAACAGCAAGAAGAGUCAUAUAAGCUCCAAAGGUCGGGCUGAAGGUUCGAGAAACAAUCUGAUUGACAACUUCCAUAAUCUCUCUGGAACCAGUCAGACUCAUGAUUAUGAUAAAAGUAUACUCAAUGGUGGACGCAAGACCGGGUAUCUCACUAAAUCUUCAAACAUGUUGCCUCUGAGUGGCAGCCGAUCCUCUGAUUCAAUGGAGAGAGAUACAUCUUCUGGAAUGGUGGGAAAGUAUCAUGGAGAGAAGAUAAAUCAUAUGAAAAUGCAUAGAGAAAAAUUGCAUUCAACCGGUGAACCGCUGGUUACCAAACGAUUGAAACAUGGCUAUCCUCAGCAAGUCUACAGCGAGACUUUUGAAAGAAAAGACCAGAUAAACCGGUCUGGUGUGGAGUUGCCGUCUAGUUUCAAUGGAGACGAGACGGAAGAAUCUAGCUCUUCUAUGGAUUAAGUUUAAGAAGUACAAAGGAAGAAGAUUAGGAAAUUUUUCGGUUUGUUUAUACCGUUUAGGAUGUGAAUAAAGGUUACAUGGUUUUAAUAGGUAAGUGAAAAAAUGUUAGAGCUUUUUCUACAUUUUGGUAUCCAUAAUAUGUCUAUCAAAGUGAUACAAUGAAAGAAGCAGUGAGCUAUUUAACUA